GAAAUUCGAUCGAUUGAAAUAUGUUUCGGAAAAUUGCAAUAAUCUUGGGACUGUGUACUAUUAUCAACAGCGAGAGACCGCACAUAAUAUUGAUAGUGGCCGACGAUGUAGGUUGGAACGACUUGAGCUUUCACGGAUCCGAUCAAAUACCCACGCCGAACAUCGACGCGCUGGCUUAUAAUGGAAUUAUUUUGAACAGGCAUUAUGCUCUGCCUAUUUGUACGCCAUCGAGAACAGCACUAAUGACCGGUCGCUAUCCCAUAAGAGCAGGCAUGCAAGGCUGGCCGCUCUCGGCGGGCGAGGCGCGUUCCGUGCCUCGAGACACGACCCUGAUGCCGGAACACUUCCGACGUCUCGGCUACAGAACCGGCCUGGUGGGCAAGUGGCAUCUCGGCUACUCGAGCGAGGAUCUCACGCCGGCCCGGCGCGGCUUCGACACCUUCUUCGGCUACUACAACGGCUACAUCGGCUACUACGAUCACGAUCUAUCCGAAAGAAUUGGCAACGUCACGGUCAAAGGUCGGGACGUGCACGAGGACGGGCCCGAGGUGAUCGCGGCCGCCGGCCGAGUCACCGGCUACUUCACCGACGUCAUCACGGACAGGGCCGUGAGGGAGAUUCGCCGCUACGGCAGGGACGGCGGCGAUCGGCGGCCCCUCUUCCUGGAGAUCGCCCAUCUGGCCGGGCACGCGAGCGAGGCCGAGGAGAGCCUCGAGGUGCGCGACAUGGCCGAGGUCAACGCCACCUUCGGCCACAUCAAGGACAUCAAACGUCGCAGAUACGCUGGAAUGAUCCGGGCCAUGGACGAGUCCGUGGGCGAGGUCGUGCGAGCUCUCGGCGAGUCCGGCAUGCUGGACAACAGCGUGAUCGUCUUUCUGUCGGACAACGGGGCGCCCACCGUCAACAUCUACCCGAACUCCGGCUCGAAUUAUCCGUUCCGAGGGGUCAAAAACACACUGUGGGAGGGUGGGGUGCGCACGGCAGCCUGCAUCUUUUCACCCCUGAUCGUGCCGCGAGCCAUGAGGCGCGACGACGACGACGAUCGGAUGAUGCACGUGGUCGACUGGCUGCCGACUCUCUACGCAGCUGCCGGCGGUGAUCCAUCAGCGGAUUUAAUUAACAUCGACGGCCUCGAUCAGUGGAGCUGGAUCGUCGGCAGAAAUAAUACAGGAACUGCUGCUGCUCGACGUCGACGCAACUCCGUGUUACUGAACAUCGAUGAGAAGUCGGGCGCCGAGGCGGCGAUAAUCGACAACUACAAGCUACUGAGACGAGCCGUCGAAUCGACGGGAAGAUUUUUCGGCGACAGCGGCGACGAUCAAUCUUAUCCGACGUACAGCCUGGACGAGGCGCUGCUGGGCUCCCAGGCGGCCCGCGCGAUCAAUCAAAUUGACGGAUUCGCGAGAACUCGGGCGAGCCGAGCCCGGGAGUUGCGAGCCAGAGCGAGAGUCGCGUGUCGCCCGCCAACGCCGACGACGGGGAUAAUCGACGUCGCUAAUUGCCAGGACUCGUGCCUCUUCGAUCUCGCCAACGAUCCCUGCGAGACGCGUGAUUUAUCCGGCCAGAUGCCCGAGAAAGUCGAAGCUUUGAAACGAUUCAUCGACGGCUAUCGAAGAGUCCUGGUGCCGCAGACGAACGUGCCGCUGGAUCCCAACGCCGAUCCCAAGUACUUCAACGGCACGUGGAUGCCUUGGUUGUGAUUUGACGUAUAGGAGU